UUUAGUUGCAUUCUAGCAACGUUUGCGCUCAAUACUGAAAAAAAUUAUAAAAUCAGAACGCAAACGUUUAAAUUUUGUGUCGUUUAUACACUUGAAAUUACAUUCACCCAUACAUACGCGUCUUGUUUUACUCGUUUAUCCUGCGCCUUUGUUUGUAAUCCCUUCCGGUUACGCGUCACAUCAUUGCCGAUCGUUGAAAGCCGCUAAUCUCGCACAGUGCAUUCCAUUAAAAAAAUAGAAAUAAAAAAAUAUUACAUUACAGGAUUUUUGAAGUCAACUUGAAAGGUUAUUCAAAAAAUCAGCAGCAUGUCAUCUCGUGUUUUAGAAGGUUCACCAAAUGCCCAUCUUGAUAAGACCAUUUUGGAACGCUAUCGCAGCUUACCAUUGAAGGAGAAUAUCGUACAAGCCACCUACGUGUGGAUCGAUGGUACCGGUCAAGAUUUGCGUUGUAAGGAUCGUACGCUAGAUUUUAUACCAAAUGACCCAAAAGAAUUACCAAUUUGGAAUUACGAUGGCAGUUCCUGCUACCAAGCGGAGGGCUCCAAUUCGGACACCUACCUCUACCCGGUGGCCAUUUACAAGGAUCCCUUCCGUCGUGGCAAUAAUAUUUUGGUCAUGUGCGACACCUACCGCUUUGACGGCGAACCCACCGCCUCCAACCACCGCAAGAGUUGUCUUGAAGUAGCGAAUAAGUGCAAGGAUCAGGAGCCGUGGUUCGGUAUUGAACAAGAGUAUACAUUCCUUGAUUUCGAUGGGCAUCCAUUGGGUUGGCCCAAGAACGGUUUUCCCGGACCACAGGGGCCCUACUACUGUGGUGUAGGCGCCAAUAAGGUUUAUGCACGCGAUGUUGUCGAUGCUCACUACCGCGCCUGUUUGUAUGCGGGCGUCAAAGUGUCUGGCACAAAUGCCGAGGUGAUGCCGGCCCAAUGGGAAUACCAAGUGGGACCCUGUGUGGGCAUUUCAAUUGGUGAUGAUUUGUGGAUGUCGCGCUUCCUUUUGCAUCGCAUUGCCGAGGAAUUUGGUAUUGUUGCCACUUUGGACCCCAAGCCAAUGCCUGGUGAUUGGAAUGGCGCUGGCGCUCACACCAAUGUUUCAACCAAGAGUAUGCGUGAAGAUGGCGGCAUUAAAGACAUCUUGGCUGCAGUUGAGAAGCUUUCCAAACACCAUCAACGUCACAUUCGCGCCUACGAUCCCAAAGAGGGACAGGACAAUGCGCGUCGUCUAACCGGUCACCAUGAGACCAGCUCAAUUAAUGAUUUUAGUGCCGGCGUUGCCAAUCGCGGUUGCUCUAUACGCAUACCGCGUGGCGUGAACGAUGAUGGUAAGGGAUAUUUCGAGGACCGUCGCCCCAGCUCUAAUUGUGAUCCCUACUCAGUGGUAGAGGCUAUUCUGCGCACAAUUUGCUUGGAUGAAUAAAAUGAGCGCUGCUUCACAGUUGUCGAAUGCAGUUGGCUAUGGUUGGGUUUAUUGAAGGUGUUUAGUGUGCUGAGAUACUAGAAAAGUGAAACGAAACCAAAGGCAGCGAAUGAACUUGACAAUACAAACAAAAAUAUUCAUUAAGUACUAAGUAACAAAGAGCAAAAUUUACACUCGAUUUAUUAUUAUGUCGACGUAUUAAAAAAAAGAAGAAUAAUUUCUGAAAAAGAAAAUUUUAUAGGAGAGCCAAAAAAUGGCGCGCGAAACCCUUGUAUUUGACGUUAGUCGCCAAGGAUUUCUUGUUAAUUUUUUGUAAACUUGUUGCACAUUUUUUUAUUUGAACUUUCCACUUGUCAUAAGAGAAUUUAUUAAUUGCUUUCCGGCAAAAUAAAUAUUUGUUAUGCUCAUAUAGACGUAAAUUGUUAACUGAAAUGGUACGAGUGCACUUGCGUUUCUACAAUACCCAUCAGCAGUGGAAUAAUUGAGAAAUCAUGCAUAAUUAUUUAAACAUUGAAGAAGCCACCUGAUGCUUGCAUUUUAUAUCAGAAACACUUUUAUCUGCAACGCAAUCGCGUGUGUUUGCCGAAUUCGUAGACGAGUAUAUAAUUGUUGUUAGUGUUUAGUCAUUCUAUAUAUCGCUCUUUAAUUAUAAAACAUAAAUAUAUAUGAAACAAGACAAAUGUUGCAGACAAAACGAAAGAAAGACAAAUGUUUAAGGUAGAAAAGCUUUAGAUAAAGUAAACAAAAGCAAAAAAAUUAAGAAAAAAUUGUAGUUGAAUAUAUCGUACGAGUAUUAGACAAUUAAGGCACGUAAUAGCAAAGAGAUUUGUUCUCUGUAGUUUAAUAUAACAAAAACUAAAUACGAAUACCGAAUACUAAACAGUAUACCAAUAUUGAUAAAUAAAUUAUUAGCAGUACUAAUAUGCACAAUGGAAAA